UCUUGUGUUAACACCCAACAAAGAUCCACUACUAGCAGUAGCAGAUAUAGCCAUGGCAAAACUCCUGUGCUUGUUCUCAGUUCUCGCUUUAGUAGUAGCCAUGGCCACUGUGGGCACCCAGGGCGAGGAAGGCUGCGACAACGACCUCAGGAACCUUGUUAGCGAAUGCAAGCAAUAUAUGAUGUUCCCUGCGAACCCAAAGAUACCUCCUUCAGAUGGUUGCUGUGGUGCGAUCCAGAAGGCAAACGUCCCAUGCUUAUGCUCUAAGGUCACCAAGGAGAUUGAGAAGGUGGUUUGCAUGGAAAAAAUUGUGUAUGUUGCCGAUUAUUGCAAGAAGCCACUGCAGCCUGGCUCCAACUGCGGAAGCUACACAGUUCCGAAUUAACAAACUGGUGGCUCUCAUUCUAUCAAUUACAAAUGGGGAAGUGCUGGAUUUAGUUUUUAGGUCGCAACUGCCUUGAGUCACUCUACCUUUUAAGAUAUGUAUACAAUAUGUGAGGUUGUAUUGAGAUUGUGCCAAUGAUGAGGGUGAGAGAUCCACUGAUGUAUCAAAAAUAUUGGGAAUUAAUAAAGAC